CUUCUUUCUUUCAUGGUUUUUCCUCCCUUCUACCUGUGCGUGUUUUAUUGAGAGAGGUUUUUCUGUUACCCCUUUUUCUCCUUUUCCCCUCUUGUUGUUUUUCUUCUUCUGGGAAAAAAUAAAAUGAGAAACGAAAAUGCAUAAUUCUGCGGAGAGAUUGAUUUUUAUGUGGUGGUGAUGGCGGAUUCGUUUUUUCACAUCUUGUUGCAUUGAAUUGGAACUGAUAAUUUUCUUGCUUGAUCUCUUCUCCUUGGUCCGAUCUCCACCUCCGAUCCCGAUCUGGGCUCUCGCUGUACAUAUUGUUGGACGGAAUUCACCGGAGAUUGACGUUAAUCACGAGGUCAGUAGUGUGCUGUGGAUUCCAAUUGCAGCGAUUCUUGUUUAAUAAGUGCCCAUCUGGUAUGUAUGUUUGAGAUAUGGUGUUGAAGAAGAGGCAAUCUCAUGGUUUUAACAGUCUCCACUUCCCUUCUGUUCCCAAGGCUCCCAGAUCUGCCAGAAGGGCUUUUCGUAAGAGAAUAGUUGAGGACAGCCAAAUCUGCGCAUUUGAGUUACUUGCUUCUCUAGCCGGAAAGCUAUUGCAGGAAAGUGAAAGCUCAUCUGCUUCUAGUAAUGCAUCUGACGCACAUGACCGGCCUGCAAUUAGUGACGGUGUUGUUAAAAGAGAGCGAGUUGAGACCAAACCUGUGAAAACAGAGUGCUUGGAUUUGGGAAGCUGCGAAGAGAGCAUUUUCCUCCCUGACUACGAUUCACCUAGCAGUGACAGUAGGCAAAGUCUAAAGGAAAUUCCACCGCCAGCUGAGAGUGAUUCCAUUUUGGAGCGGUCUUCAACUGUCUCGAAUGCGGAUUCCUCAGAGAAAGGGAAUGGUGAUGAGAAGCCGAUCCAAUGUGAAAAGGUACUUGCUAAGGUGGAGGGAGUCUCUCCUGUUUCUGUAGAGACUUGUGAUGCAAAACCAGAAAGUGGGCUCGGAAGACAGCCGUUGGCUGAUGGGAUGGAGACUCGGGGGUUGAUCCUUGAUAAUGCCUGCAGUUCAAAGGAUCCCAUGAAGUUGAGUGCGAAGAAUCCUGCAUUGGUCAACUCAGCCAACACUGUCAAAGUGUUAUCCCACGGGAAUUCUCUUCCCAGUGCUUCUGAUUUGAAGCACGGGAAUGAUGUUAAAUUAGGUAUUAGAGAUGAUGAUGAAAACUUUUUUAGGUUUAAUAAACUAAGCAACAGAAGAAAGGCAUUUAAGCCUUCUUCUAGAAUUGGAGACAGAAGAAUAAGAAAGCUACUGUCAUCCAAAUACUGGAAAGCAGCUCCGAAGCUGAAAGACUAUGAGCUAACGAAACCUUUAUUUGCAGAUUUGGGGAUGAAGCCUCUUCAUCACAAGAGGAAAUUAUCUUGCAAUCCAGACAAAACUCAGGGCGAUAUUCUUUACAAGAGGAGGAAGUUUUCUGACCGUAGCUUAGUUAUAGCGUCUGAUGGGGGUUUUAGCAGUGAAAGUGUUUGCAAUUCACCUGAAAAAGGCAUGUCUGGAGACAAUGGUUCAGCAGUAUUAUGUAAUGGAGAAAAUGGUAUGUCAUCUCCAGUUAUUGGCCAUCAAGCCCAGCUCCGGUCGAAGGAUUCUCAUGUUAAACUGAGCAUCAAGUCCUUCAAAAUUCCAGAGCUUUUCAUUGACGUCCCAGAAAAUGCAACUGUUGGUUCUCUCAAGAGAACUGUCGUGGAAGCUGUGACUGCUCUACUUGGCGGUGGUUUACGUGUCGGGCUGGUUCUUCAUGGAAAGAAGGUCAGGGAUGAUAACAGAACCCUGUUGCAGACUGGCAUCACUUCUACUGAAAAUAUCGAGACUCUGGGUUUUACCUUGGAGCCUAAUUCAGUGCAAGCACCUGUACCCUUAUGCUGUGAAGAGCCUCCCGCUAUCUUACCAUGUGAGACAUCCCACCUUAUACCAAGGUCCCCAGAAACUCCAAUUGUAGAGUCAUUGAAGCUUAUUGACUCGCUCAACCUUGCUCCUUCUCCAACAACAAAUCAUGCUGACAAUAACAGUGAGACUAGUGAUCAGGAACCACUUUCCUCUAAUGCUGACGUAGUAGCUGACAACAAACCACCAUCAGAUUCCAAAGCUCUGGUUGCAGUUGAACCAGCAAGUGCUGAGGCACUUGCUGUUGUUCCCCUCAACCAGAAAUCUAAGCGAUCUGAGAAUGUACAGCGUCGAACUAGGAGACCAUUCUCAGUCUCGGAAGUAGAGGCACUUGUCGAAGCCGUUGAAGAACUAGGCACUGGAAGGUGGCGGGAUGUUAAGUUAAGAUCUUUUGACAAUGCUGACCAUCGAACAUAUGUUGACCUAAAGGAUAAAUGGAAGACAUUGGUCCACACAGCCCAGAUUGCUCCGCAACAAAGAAGGGGUGAGCCAGUUCCUCAGAACCUUCUUGACAGAGUACUGGCUGCACACGGCUACUGGUCGCAGCAUCAAGCCAAGCAACAUAACAAAAAUCAAGUUACCGCAACUGCAACUGCAACCUUGGCGAUGCUGCAGAUAACUGACGGGCAGGCGGUGGAGGCUUGAAGAUGGAGGACAUCUCAGUUGGUGUACAAAAGGAAGGGAAUACUACUACUACUUGACAGGGAACAUGGGAAGGCACAGAACAGGGUGACAGACAAGAACAUCAACAAAAUUGUACAAAUUGCACAACAGAAAGAACAAUUGAUUUCUCAGAAUGUUUAUUUUGUAAUACACUCACACUUUGGUUUUACAACAAUUCAUUGCCAGUGUUUCCCCUCCCCUCAAAUGGAAACAGGGUGAGAAGGAAAGCUUCGGCCUUUUGUAAAUUGAUUCAGUUCCAGGGAAUAAAGCCCCUCUAGCGGGAGUGGCUCAACCUAACAGGAACAAUUGUUUUCCCCCAUUCUUUGAUUUAAUUUGGUGUAAUAGAAUUGGCCGGAUAGAUUAUGUGUAGUUCAGGUUCAAAGGAACAUUUGAAAAUGGCUUCCAUUAUUAGUUGUACCUCUCUCAAUCCAUGUCUCUUUUCGAUUCUAGGACAGACAUAAACUACUAGCUUUAUGAAUCAUGUAAUGCAAUGGAAUCCGCAGACUUCGAAUGGUCAAGUAGCUAGCUUUCCACUCGAAGAACUUCUGGGUUUGGUUUCGAUCUGUGCAUCGAUCGAUGUUCUAUUAUCCUUCGCGCCAUUUUGUGAGAAGAAGUGGGAUGAAAUUGUUGGAUUGGGAAGAGGGGAAAGCAUCAAGGUAAAGAAAUCGGGGCUUGAAAGGCAAGCUAGAUAGAUGUCAGAAUGGCAUACAGAGAAAGGGCAGGGGAAGAUUUCUUUACGGCUAAAACUCUGUUCCCUGCACGCA